GCUGCAAUUACCAGCACGCGGGCUCAUUAUAUAGACACCAAUGCUUGUUGACAUGGAGUCAGAUCUUGUUUCGCUUGACUCAUUCUCAGUUGUACUACCUACUUGUUGUGUAUAGGCUCGCCUACUUCACAAGUAUACAUACCUUCGCCAGUGACGCCAUUCCCAAAGCUGGAGCGCCUCGGCUGGUCCGGCUCCUUCAUCUGUGAUAUCCAACAACACCCAGUCUAAUCUUGCCAAAAGAUGACUUUCUUAAGAAUAGCGACAAAGCGGGCCAUAUACCUGCAUCGUCCUGCUAAUCCGGCUCUUCCUACCUCGUCUAUACUCCCUGUCCUGCACAGCACCAACGUCGCCACUCGUGUACCCUCACCAUGCGCCAUCCGUCAUAGCUCCCACUCGCCGUUGGGAGCAGCCCAAGCCAAUCCCAGAAAGAAAGUUACCAUGCAGACCUUACGAAAUUUAUACAAGAAGGGCGAGCCUAUUACAAUGUUGACUGCGCACGAUUUUCCGAGCGCGCAUGUCGCCGACGCAGCCGGAAUGGACAUGAUUCUCGUGGGUGAUAGCUUGGCAAUGGUCGCUCUGGGCAUGCAGGAUACGAGCGAAGUGACUCUAGAUGACAUGUUAGUGCACUGUCGCAGUGUUGCCCGAGCUGCUCAGAGCGCCUUUACAGUUUCAGAUUUACCUAUGGGUUCGUACGAGGUGUCGCCAGAACAAGCUCUUCAGUCGGCUAUUCGAAUCGUGAAAGAGGGUCGGGUGCAGGGGGUUAAGCUUGAAGGUGGGGAGGAGAUGGCUCCAGCCAUCAAGCGCAUCACAACUGCUGGUAUUCCCGUUGUUGGACAUAUCGGUCUCACGCCUCAGCGUCAAAACGCGCUUGGAGGGUUUCGAGUUCAAGGAAAGUCAACGACGGACGCACUGAAACUGUUAAAGGACGCACUUGCGGUACAAGAAGCAGGUGCGUUCAUGAUAGUUAUCGAGGCCGUACCGCCAGAGAUCGCAAGUAUUGUCACACAAAAGCUCAGUGUUCCUACCAUUGGUAUUGGUGCCGGGAACGGUUGCUCUGGACAAGUACUCGUCCAGAUUGACAUGACCGGGAACUUCCCGCCUGGUCGCUUCUUACCCAAAUUUGUUAAGCAGUAUGCCAACGUCUGGAACGAGGCACUCCAAGGCAUCCAACAGUAUCGUGAGGAGGUUAAGAGCCGAGCGUAUCCCGCAGAGCAGCACACAUACCCUAUACCGAAAGAGGAACUGGUUGAAUUCCAGAAGGCUGUUGAUGAAUUACCUGAAGAGAAAUGA